AGUAAAAUUUUGGAAGCAACACCUGAUGUUUAUUAAUACUGACAUUACAACACCAUAUACAAAAUUUAAACAUUUUGGAUAUGCAACUAACUAACAUGUGCCUCACAUUCUUGAGAAAUAAUUUAAAAUACAUAAGCAAUGAUUUCUGUUAAAUAAUCUUAUAUGUGUAGUAAUCAAAAUACAUGCUUUUCGGAGGCAAGAGUUUCGAAAACGCCCUACAACUAUUUUCAUAUAACUUAAGAGUUGUAUAAUGUUCACUCCAGUAACCAUUACCCUUUUCACUUUACCGGUAUCAAUUACUGAAAAUGGUCCGUGUGUACGGAAACAUCGAGAAGUUUGAUAUGCUUUUUCACCGGAGUGGGCCUAAUGCAGGCCAGCCACGAGGCUUCGCAUUUGUUACUUAUAAGCUGAGGAAGGAUGCCAUUACCGCAAUGAACUCACUAAGUGGCCAGCUAUUAGGUUCGAAAAGGAUAUGUGUGAAAUUUGCCAAGACUACAACUGAUGAUCAAGAUAAACCAAAGCCAGAAUUAGGCAUACCAGCUCUGGCCGGUGCGAAGCCAGAAAUGAAACUGAGUAAAAAGACUGCCAUCCAAUCGAUUGAAGCUAAACUCAAGAUGAUGGAGAAUAUGAAUGCAGGUGAUGAUUUUGUGAUCAACAAGUUGGCAGCAAACGAAGCACCAGUGAUCGCUCAGUACCAAACCAAACAACAUCAGCCACCGAACAAAACUUUCAGUUCAUUUAAACGCAGACAUCCUUAUAAUAAAAAAAGAUAGCUGUAUUAUGUGAGCUGGAUACUAAAACACUUAAAUAUAUAACAGCACCUUAUGUAAGGUUUUGCUUAAACCAAUAA